AUGUCUCCACCUAAAAAUUAUCCAAUGUUCAACAAGAAUCAAAAACGUUCACGCUCAGAAACGGGAUCGGAUAAAGACUCAGAAAAUGAUGAAGCUUCAAUGAUGGAUGUGCUAAAAGCAAUCAAACGUGAUACUUCAGGAAUUGAAAAAAAUAAAGAAGAAAUUCAAAAAAUCCGUCAAGACCUUGAAGUGAAAUUUGGAAAUAUGGACGAAAAAAUUAAUAAUGUCUCAUCUAAAGUUGAUCACGUCGAUGAAGAAUUGAAAAUACUACGGAAUGAAGUUGAACAGAAUAAAUUGUUAAAUUAUAUGGAUAUCACUGGUGUGGAAAAAUCGCUAGCUGAGACACAUGACAACAACUUAAAAGCUUUUGUCAUCAAGAUUUUAAUCGACCACAAUAUUAAUGGAGAAUCAAGUUCAAUUACUAGAGUUUACAAAAGGCUUAUCAAAGGAGGAUCGGCAGUUGUUAUAGUUGCGAUUUUCAAGAGUUUUGAGGACAAAUUGGCAGUAAUGAAGAAGAAAAGGGAGUCGAAAACCAAAAGCAACAUUUAUUUUGACCACUCCAUGACCGUUGAAACUCGAAAAUUAUUUAUGACAGCAAAGAGAACGAGUAAAGAUAUUGGAGGGAAAAUAUUCAUGAUCAGCGGGAAAAUCUUCGCGAUUAAUCAAUUUUAUACAAAUCCCAAUGAAGUUGCAAAUGAUAAAGGAAAUAUUGAGAAAGAUUUGAACUUUUUUCAUCUUAAUGUUAGAGGAAUCAGCAAUAUUAACAAAUUCUUAGAAAUUUACUUGCUGAUUAAAUCUUUAGAAAUCAAAUUUGAUGUCAUUAUCUUCUCAGAAGUAAAACUAAAGAAAAGUUUUCCUAUCCAACUUUAUAAUAUUCCAGGAUACUUAAGAUAUGCGAAGUUAAGAUCAGAAGAAGGAGGUGGAGGCGUUAUCGUUUUCAUAAGUGACAACUUUGUUGUUACUCAUAUCGAACAAACAAAUAUAGGAUUCGAAAAACUGAAAUUAGCUAUUUGUAUGGAUAAGAAGAAAAUCAAUAUUUUAGCUUAUUAUCGACCGCCUAUCAAUAGCAAUAUUAAAAACUUUUUAAACGAUAUUGAAGAAGAAGUUUCAUCAAUUAGCGCAAACACAAUAAUUGUAGGUGACAUCAACAUAAACAGUUAUUCUUUAAGUGUUAGAGAGUUCAACAAUGAUUUAAUCUCUCGGCAGUACAACGAGCUUUUAACAAGUUAUAACUUCAGAAUUAUCAACAACUUACCAACAAGAAUGAUGAGUGGAAAAACAAUUGAUCAUUUUAUCACGAACUUGCAUAGCCAUGAAAUAACAUCAAUAACAUUGGAGAUUGAUCCGCUGAUUUCUGAUCAUUGUGCAUUGAUUUCUACGAUAAAAUUUCCACAUAUGAAGGCGAGGAAAAGCUCAGUGAUUGAGCGAAGUAUUAUCGAUUAUGAUAAAUUAGCAGAAAACUUUCAUGAUAUUAAUGUUGACUGUGAAAAUUGUAAUGAUUCUAACAAAAUCACAGAAAUUAUCAUAAAUGAAGUGAAAGCAGCAACAUUUUUGUCAACCAAGACAUUGAAAUUUAAAGUUAAAAACUCAGACAAAAUAAAUGAGUGGGCGUCAACACAAUUGAUGGCUACAAUUAUAAAAAAGAAUAAAUUACUUACCAAAAGAAGGAAAAAUCCCAACAAUCAAAUGAUCCAAGAAGAACUUCAAAAAGUCAGCCAAAAAUUGAAAAUAUUAUCAGCGUCAGAUUUUGCAAAUUUCAUAAGACAGAAAGUGAACGUAUCAGACUCAAGGAAACUUUGGAGAAAUCUCAAUGUGAUCCUGGGACGUUCAAAACAAGAUUAUGUGGAGGAAAUUGAGGACGAACUGGGAACAAAAUUCAAAAAUAAGAAAGAAAUAGCUGAAAAAUUCAACAAUUAUUUCACAACGUGCGCUGACAAGUUGAUUAAUUCUUUUAAGGAAGUUGACCAGCCACAGCAAGUUGAAAGGCAUGUUGGAAAAUCAAUUGUGUUCAUUCCACCAAACAGCAAAGAAAUUGAAAUUAUAAUUAAUCAAUUGAAAUCCAAUUCAGCUGCCGGAUAUGACGAAAUUACUCCGAAGAUAUUUCCUGGUGUAAUUGAUAUAGGAAAUAAAGAAAAAAUUACAAGAACAUCAUCGAUCAAAUACCUGGGAAUACAUUUGAAUGAGUUUCUUAAAUGGUCAGAACAUAUUAAAUCACUCGAAAAUAAAGUUGCUUCAUCGAAUGGAAUUCUUUGGAAACUUAGAUUUAUGCUACCGAUACACAUCAAAAAGCUCAUUUAUGACACUCUCAUUCAAUCACAUCUUGCUUUUAUGAUACAAGUUUGGGGAUUCACAAUGUACAGAGAAAUCUCUAAUUUGCAAAUCCUCCAAAACAAAGCGCUCACAAACACCUACAACUUACCAAAUCGCACAAAUCGAGUCCAAAUGUAUACUCAUCAAGUUGAAUCGCACUUGCCGUUACGAGGAAUUGCGAUUCUAAGCACUGCAUGUUACAUUUACAAAAGCAUCAAAGGUCACACGCUUUCCAACAUCAUUUAUGAAAAAUCGGGUGAAAACAAAAGUAACAUGACACUCCGAAACGAAUUAUCACUUCGACCAACAAAGAAAAAAACUGAAUAUGGAGCCAAAGCAUUUGAAAAUAUUGGACCAACAAUCUACAACAAAAUCCCGCUAGAAAUAAAGCAAAGCAAACAUCAGCAUGCAUUUAAAUGGUGCACACGAUGUUUUCUUAGGAAUGAAACGUUCAUAUCUUCAUGUUUUGAUGCAAGCUUCUUCACUUUUCAUCUUAAAUAA